UGAGGAAGCAUGCGUUUGCAAUACGGGAAUAUAUAGCUGUAGGACAGAUUCCUUUGACAUUGCGCUGGUAGAGGAGGGACAAUUUCAAAGUGUUACAAAACAGGAAAAAUAAUUGAGAAACUAAAUUGUUCCCCGCGUCUUGGCUGCAAUAAUAUCUUAUUGUAGCUUACGUUAGGGGAAUCAUGUAUCGGCGAGUUUUUCAGUCCGGCGUUAGACGUAUUAUAAACGUCUCAGCAUCCAAAGCCACAUUUGGAAAGGCAGUGGAACAAGAAGCAUGUUUAUCACGAGCUUUAGCGAUUUACCCCUCUACCCCGCCUCAGACACAGUGCCGGACACUACACAGCACCAGAAAGCUCUGCUCAGUUAAAGAAACCCCACAGGCCACAGAGGAGGAGGUGGGGGCCUUCACCAAGCUCAUAGAGGCCAUGGGCUUCACCGGACCCCUCAAAUACAACAAAUGGAAAAUUAAGAUUGCUGCCUUGCGUAUGUACACAUGCUGCGUCGAGAGAAUCAAUUACGAUGACUUCUUUGAAAAAUGCUCCCUCCCAGACACGCUGAACUCCUGGUUCCUGGUGGCCCAGCUCCAUGUGUGGAUGUGUCUGGUGAGGAUGAGGCAGGAGGGACGGGAGGGGAAGUAUAUGUGCCGCUACAUCGUCCACUCCAUGUGGGAAGAUGUGGAACAGAGGAGCAAAAUCAUGGGGAUCGAUGCCGUCCAGCGCAAGGAGAGCAUGAGGUCCAUGACGGAGACUUUCUACGCUGCUAUUUUUGGAUACGAUGAGGGAAUCCUGUCUGAUGAUUGCGUGUUGUCGGCGGCGCUGUGGAGGAACCUGUUUAACCGGCAGUGUGAGGACCCCAGACAGGUGGAGCUGAUGGUGGAGUACGUCCGAAAACAGAUGCAGUUCAUCGAUGCCCUGGACGGGGAGGACCUGCUGCUCACCGGGGAGGUCAAGUGGCGCCCCCUGGUGGAGGAGAACGCCCAGAGCAUCCUGAAGGUCCCCUCCCCCACUUAUAAUGACACGGGGCUCUGAGCCGCCCCCACCCCCUCCCCCCUCCCCCGCUGCCAUUUUGGACACUGCGGACAGGGCAGUCAUAAGAGCCUGUCCCCACCUGACCUUCCCCCCCCACCCUGCCCUCUUCCCAUCACAAACCUGACUGGCAGGGAAUACUGUUGGCAUCAUUUCCUGUAUCUCUCGAGAGUAAGAAGAUAACAUUUUGGAAUUUUGCACUUUUCCUUUCUAAGCACUCAAAGUAUUUUUGGUAUUUAUGUUUUUUUCUGCUUUACAGAUUCCACGAUAUUUAUGAAAGUGCACACAGCCUGUUUUGUACACGCCCUGUGUCUUCUUUGUUCGGUGCAAAGGUUCCACGUUUUUUGUGCUCUCAGAAAAUUAUGGGAAAUGUUUUGCCUUGAGGACCAUCGUUCUGUAUUGAAUGGGGCUUUCCUUUUAAAAUGAAAUAAAAUGUUUUCUGGGUGUAAACCAGUCAUGUUUCCAAAA